CCGCCCCGCCGUGGAGCUGGGGGCGCUGCGGUGCUCGCUCAGCGCCGCCGCCGGGAGGGCCAUGGCGGAGGGGCUGGGAGCAGGGCGGACCUUCAGCCGCCCCACGCCGCCGCCGCAGACGGGCUGGGAGCGGCUCAGCGAGCUGUGGCGGCGAGACGAGCAGCAGCGGUAUCCGGAGGAGACGGUGAACAUCAUCAAGUCGGCGUUCACCGGGGGCCUGGUCGGCUGGCUGUACGGCGGCCUGCCCGCCUUCCGCCAGGCGCGGACGGCCUUCAUCGAGGGCAGCCAGGGAGAGGUGUUCCAGAACCGCGCCGAUGCGGUGCAAUCUGCACACCGUGCUGGGCUCAGGAGCUUCAUCCGCUAUGGCUGGCGCUGGAGCUGGAGGGUGGCCACCUUCGUGACCAUAUUCAACAUGGUGAGCACCGGUCUGUCCGUGUACCGCGAUAAAACCACCAUCAGUAAUUUUGCUUCAGCAGGAGCCUUCACAGGAGCUCUCUUCAGAAUGCACUUGGGCCUGUCUGGGCUGGCAGGCGGCUUCCUCUUCGGAACAGCCUUUGGGAUCCCUGCAGGGGGCCUCAUAAUGGUUGCACAGAAACUUGCUGGUGAGACAUUGCAGGAGAAGCGAAAUCGUGAGCGCAGGGAGCAGUAUGAACAGAAAUUAGCAGAAUGGCAAUCCAGGCUUAGUGUGACUGAAGACUUGGGCAAAAUGGACAGCGAUGCCCAGGAGCAAUCACAGACAGAAAAUAGCAGGAGAAUCUAGGAGCUGCUGAGUCGCCCUCAGAUCUCUGUUGUAAGCAGCUACAAAGUACUUUGAUUCUAUUCUAAGUCUUUGUCCAAAGACAUAAUGGAAGUCUUCUGUGAAUGCAGUUGUAUCCUUCAUACUUCUGAAAAACCAGUUUGCUGGAAAUGUUUUUUUGUGGAUGCGUAUCGCUUCUCAAGGGCUUGGAAGGGCCAAACCUGUUCCACUUCACAAGGUGGAUGGGUAGGCUCUACAGGCUAGCAAGUGUCAGCUAGGAUGAAGGCAGCCACAGAGCCUCUGCUAGAACCCAUUUGCUGCUGGAAAUGUCCAAGCUGUUGGUGAUGUAGAAUAGCAGAAGGAGCCUGCUAUUGCUGAAGGGAGCCUGAUUCUGAAAGCUAAUUUAUUUUGGUGAAAGCUGCUCUUCUGACAGUGCCUGAAGCCCCUGCUGUUGAAGCACAAUAUAGGUUGCACCAGUGAGAGUGUUCCUCCUCUUGCCAACCCUCUCCCACACCUUGACUUUGCCUGCCUGGGAUCGGUUUGUUUUUGCUGAUGGUGGUUUAUUCAUGUUUUUUACAGAAAAACACAUUUGUUUCUUGCAGUGCUUAGGGUAUUUCACAAUCAGAUUUGAGGAAGGGUGGAGGAGAUUGGAGUGGCAUGGAAAUACCCUGUAGAAGACAUGUUUUGGGUUCUUCAGUAGAAGUGUGGCUGAGGGGGUCAACGGAAAGGAUGACCUUUUCUGAUGGUAAUGGUGGAAGCAUUGGCUCAGUGGACAGAUUUAACAGCAAUAAAAAAUGCUCAAAUUUCACAUGAAGGUUGAAAAUUAGAGGAUUACCUCAGGGGGGGGAAAUGCAGUUCAUGACAUUCAAUAAAGCCAUCUGGCAGUGGUGA